GAAGAGGAUUCACUGCCUUUACCAACGCUGUUAUUAUGACACGCUUACCAUCUUUUUACAUUGGGUUUUAUUUCACAUGUAUAAUAUUUACGUUCUUUAAUGACGGAACUGUCUGUAAUGUCGUGUUUCAGCCUGCGUUCAUUCAGGCAUCUGGUCCAAAAAUAUCAUCUUUUCUGGUUGGAAACGUGUCUGGCAUUUCAUUCAGUCUUAGUGCUGUUUCUUCAUCAAAUGCAACAGGUAGCAUCCCUCCAUCAUCCUGUUUGCCGGUUUAUCAAACACAGUGGAAUCUUUCCUAUGAAUUAAUUGGGAAGAAUGCCUUUGUGGUGCGUAUGAGUCUGAACCGCAGUCUGCAGCUGUGUGGAAAUGAAACCUCCAUCUUGGACUGCUGUCUGGAGCCUCUUUGUGUCCAGGAGACUCUGCUUGUGUCUGCAUGUGUGGAUGAAACACCUAAAGCCUCCCUCAUUAUACAGACCCAGAUUUAUGCCCAGGUCCUCCCCGGUAAACCUCCAUCUGUAAAUAAAACAGUCAUUCCCAACCAAGUAUUUCAGCCUCUCGGCCAGUGCCCGUGCGAUGUUUCUCCAGGCGAGUGUGACAUACGUUGCUGCUGUGACCAGGACUGUACUCAAGAAGUCCUGGGGCUCUUUGCAACUCAGUGUUUUCCUGGACCGUACGGGGGAAGUUUCAGUCCUGUUCCAGAGUAUCAGUGUUCAACUCAGCCCUCUGAAAAUGACCCUGAUUGGUUCCCCUUCCUCUGUGUCAUCUCACCCUCCUACAACAACCCUUUUCUGGGACUUUUCUAUGAUGGUGGAACAGUCUCUGCAAAACCAAGUCCAUCAUUCCAAGCCCCUCAGAUGACAGCUACUGUUCCCCCCAUUAACUACAACCAAGGGAAUCCAAUAUUCACUAAGGAUGACAAAUACUUCACCAUUCCACAGAACACUGGAACGGGUCAGUGUGCGGAAAACGCGCCAGUGGCAUUUUUGGAGAACUUUGAGUUUCAGUGUGUGAGGAGGCUUCAAUUCUGUCCAUCUCCAUCUGAUGACUUGAGGGUGGAUGUUAAAGAUGGACAGGGAGGUGUGAUUGCAGUCAGUGUUGUGGAUGAAGUAGCUGAAAACCUCAGAUUAUUUGUGUCAAAUUCUCCUGAGGUCUCUUCAGAGCCACAACAGUGUGAUAAUGUCGUUGUGUCCUUGCGUUACACUUUUUACUGGAGCGGGAACAGCCUUACUGCGAUUACUGUGACACGAACCACUGCAAACAUCACUGUACCUGUAACUUUGACAAGAAGAUAUUCUGCUGUGUUUUUGAACGGAAAUGAGACCUCUCAGCCAUACUCGGGUUACCAAGUGAAGAGGCCCUUGAUUGGUGGCGUUUUGGACUCUGAAACAGGAGUUGUACAGAGGACCCAGAUCAGUCUAUUGCAGCCAGCUGGAGAUGGCCUGUGCUCUUCUGCUAAACUGAGAUCAGCUCUGUUUGGGAUCAACUCCACAUCAGGCUGUGUGGUUCCUGUGAGUUUAACGAAUAUGACACAGUGCAGUCUGUUAAGAGAAAGGGUGCGCUCUGUUCUAGAUGGAUUAGUGACCGCUACACUCGUCUCCACUUCAGGAAAACCAGACUUUUACAAUUUGACGGACUGGGUCAACAUUACUACAUCGCAGCAGAACCAGAGUCAGUCAGCAGAGGGCAGCAAAGGAGAGUGUUCAGCCGUGCCAACUCACCUCCACAUCCACGUGAAGAGCAGCAUCAUGGGAAGAGUUCAGGGUGUUCCUCAAAUGUUUAUCCAGUCCAUGCAGAUCAGUUUCUUAGAGAGCACAUGGAGGAUUGAGUGUGGUCUGGGAACGAUGGACCCCUGUUUAAACCCAGAGCUCAUGCAGAAUUUCCCAGUCACCUCUUCUGUGACGUUUACUGACCUUUCUCUUUAUUCACAACCACCCAGAUCCAGGUUCAGUAUUAACUUCACAGAGUUUGACUGUGACAGGAAUGAUGUUUGCUGGCCUGAACUGGCCUUUCCUCUCACGACAUACUACACUGGCGAGCCUUAUUCUGAAGCUCUGGCUAAAGGUCUGACUCUUGUGUUUUUCUUCAUCGUGGCGUCUGUUUUGGGAACCCCAUGGAGACAAAUCCGACAGGCCUGGAGCAAUUUUUGAUCAGGACAGGGAAAACUGAGCUGUAAAUAACUGUAAACGUACAAUUAUUUAUUUUUCUUUUCUGGUUUGUACAUUUUCUUACAUUAUUUAUAAAGUUUUGUCAAUGGAACUUUGUGCUUUUUUUAAUGAAAUUUUGAAUAUAAAAUAAAAAUACAUGUUUUAUAU